AUGACGCCCACCGACAAAGACAAAUCCGACACACCCAUAGAGCAAUACGAGUCCUUCACAGCCUCUCUGGAUUCGGAUCUCCUCGACUCACUGCGCGAGUCAACCACUGUUGACCCAUGUCAACCCAGCAGCAGCAACAACAACAGCAGCAGCAGCAGCACCAACAACCGCAAUAUUCCAACUCACCUUGGACACCCCAACUGA